ACGCUGGGAAGCACUCGUACACCUGACGCUCUCACAACCACGCACGCGUGCGCGCAGCGGCGGCAUCGUGCGUAGGCGUCGAAUCUGAGCGUGCAAGUAGCAGCUCAGGCGACGUUGCAUGCGUCGAUUCACGUUGGCGGCCGCAGCACUCGCGCGCGCAAGAGGAGAGAGCUGCGCGAUGGCGGCGGACCGCCUGCGCGGCGCGCUGUGGGGCUUGUUUGCUGGUGAUGCGGUCGCGAGCCCGACGCACUGGUACUACGGCGGCGAGCGCCAGGUCCAAGGUGAUUAUAAUGGACCCAUCACCGGCUACGUGAAACCCAGAGAAACGAUGAUGGGUAGCAUCAUGCCCAAGUCCAACACGGACGGCGCCGGACGAGGCAGCUACAACGCCAAUCGGAAGACCGUGAUCGGCGGCGUGAUUAAUCAUGGCAAGAAGCCGUACUGGGACCCGGCGAAGUCGCACCACUACCACGCCACCUUAAGGGCCGGUGAAGAAACUCUCGAGGCGUCGCUCGUGCGCGUCUUACUGCGCACCGUGGCUUCAACGAAGUCCGUCGAGGCCGACGCCUUCCGGGACCAGUACGUAAAGUUCAUGCAGACGCCGGGCUCGCACAACGACUCCUACGCGUCGACUGCGCACCGCAUGUUCUUCGCCAAUUUGUUUCACAAACAGAAGCCGGUGAAGGACUGCCCGGACAACGACGCGCACAACGUUGACACUAUUGAUGGUUUGGUGUUGCCGUCCGUGGCCGCGGCCUGCGCCGCUUAUAAGGGCGGGCCAGGUGCUGAGGGGAAGGCGGCUGCGCGCGACGCGGCCGUGGCGGUCGCGGCGACGACGCGGGCGUCAAGACCGCUCGCGACGGCCGCGGCGGCGUUGGGGGACGCGAUGCACGGGGCGAUCCACGGCGUCGGGUCGGCGGCGUCGCGAGCGGACGCCAUGGCGUCGGCGCUCGGCAUGCGCGUGCCGCGCCAGCCGACGAUGGUGAGCUGAUACCUCGAGCAGAGCGUCCCGAACGUCCUCGCGGCCGCGAAGAACGGCGGAGGAGACGUCUGGAGCGCUCUGCUCGCGAACGCGAACCGCGGCGGCGAGAACGUGCACACCGGUGCCGUUCUUGGUGCCCUCCUCGGCGCGGAGGCCGGCGCGGCGGCGCUCGCUCCGGAGCUGUCUGCAGGCCUCGUGAAUCGCGUCGAGAUCGGCGCCGAGAUCGACGCCGUCGUCGCCGCGCUCGACCCGUGAUCUGUGCCUGGCCUCCUCCUGAUAUGACGGUCCGCGCGCGCAUUGACUGUGCGUGCGGGCCCGACGAUGGACAGAAGUCUAAAGUUCUUGUGUUUAUAAGCU